CCUACUGAUGCAAAUACAGGAUAUCUCGAUGUGCAACAGAGAAUAGACAAAGUAUGGCGAGUGUAUGGAGUUGGCGGUGUGUAUGACUUGUUGCUGGAUAUGAGUGACGAAGAAAGAAAGAAGGUACUGAAGCAACUGGGGUGUGAGCACAAAAUUGAUGUCUUGAUCUAUGGUAACACUAAGAAGAAGGAUGUGAGAAUGAAUGGACGAAAGGAUCGGCUGAAUGUAAAUAAAAUAGCAGACAUGCUACUUGGUGUUAGAGACAAGAGCCAGGUAGCAUCUAUGGUUGACUGUAUAUCAACAAAUCAUGGAUAUGAGUAUUUGGCGAAUAUAUUGCUGAGCAUUGAUGAUGAUAAUGACUUGGGAAACAUGAUUUCUGGUCUUAAAGAAUGGCCAGAAAUAAUUGCAAAGAUAUUGAAUGGAGCUGAUGAUGUUGAUGAGCUUAACAGAUUGCUAAAUGGUGUGUCAAGCGGAAUUGGCAAGGAGUAUAUGGAAGCCUUGCUAGCUAAGAUUGAAAUCAAUGAGAAUAUUGUUAAUGAGCUUAUAAAUAAACCUGAGAAUGAGCAGAAUGACAUACUGCGAAGAAUUAAUAAUACACAACUAGCUGAUAAAAUAAAAAAAGGAUUGCAACAAAAGCCAAUAGCUGUGAAAGUAGUGCAAUCAGUACAGUCAAUACGCAGAGAAUCUUCUAGAGAAGUCUUCAAUAUGUAUGAAAAUGUUUUAAAUAAUAUACAUAAGAUUUUGAUUAUUCGUGAUUAUGUUAAGUUAGAAAAGUAUAAAGCAUAUAUGCAAGAAGUGAUGCAUAUACUAACAAUAGUUUAUGGGUUGAUUGUAAGCAAAGAAUUGAAAGAUAGUAGUUAUGAUAUCCAGACAAAUGAAUUGAAUGGAGUCGUUCUAAAAUGGAAUAUCAUACGCAUAGUUCAAACAAUAAACGGAAUGAUUUCUGAAGUGAAUCAAAGUAUGAAGGAUACUGACAUACUCAAAGGUAAAGUGGAUAGUAUGAAUAAAAAAUUGCGUGAAAUGAUAUGCGAUAUGAUACUAGACACACGUAAAAUGGAUGAAUACAGUAAUGAAUACCUGUGUGGAUUGCUAAGCAUCAUAGAUCAGAUGAUAAGCUAUGCUAAGGAUAUAAAAGAGAAAUACAAGGAUGUAUAUAAUGAAGUAGUAAAGCUUUGCAACAAAAUCAAAAGUAAUAUAUACAUAUACUUGAUGGAAAGGAUUGGAAUGUUUAGUGCUGUUAAUCUAAUUGCUCGUGAAAUAGACAAAGCAGCGAAUGAUUUACUGAGUUUGAGUGGUAAUAAGUAUGCUAAGGGAUCCAAAGAUAAGAAUAAGAGUAGAAGUGAUCAAAGCAAGUCUGCCGAUGAGAUGCUGAAUGAAAUGACGCCUGAUGAAUGGGAGAGAAUAGUGUAUACUGUUGUGAAAAAAAUAUGCAAAGAGAAAAUUUAUAUACAUUACGAGUUGAGCAAUGAAGAAUGGGAUAAAAAUAUUGAAAAGAUUAUCAAAGGAUUACCAUAUCUUGGAGAGAUGAUAAAAAAUUCUGAAAGCAAUGCGUUGAAUAAUGGGGCGGAGAAGAAUUAUAGUGUGAAGAAUGCAUUAAUGAUAUUGAUACUGAUUAUAUUGACAUCGAUCUAUAACGAUUUGAUAAAUCGAAUGAUAAAAUAUAAUAAAAUCAUGCCAGCAAGUGAACUCAGUAAGCGAAAUAUGAUGAUUGAGAGUAAUGUGUGUAAAUUGGAGACAGUAUAA